AUACAUUUUCGGUAAACACAAUACGAUGAAAAUGUUGCUAGAUUUUCAAUCGUCAUUUCAAUUAUAAAACUAAACUGCCUUAAAUGAAAUAAAGUUGGAAUACGGUAUAAAGUGAGUGAGAAAAAUUGUAAAGUAAGAUAAUUAUAAAAAAUAUAUGAGAAAAAAAUGGCAGUCGUUCAACCAAAAAAGGAUCAUUUGUUGGCAUUAAAAGUGAUGCGAUUAACAAGACCAACAUUGGUAUCGCCUGAUGUGAUUGUAUCGGAAUCAACUGAUUUACCCGGAAAAUUGUUCAAUCAGUUGUGUGAAAAUGAUGCAACAAAUGUAAAAGGUUCAACUAUAGCCGGCGGUCAAUUCAUGUUAUUGCCACAAAGUUUUGGUAAUAUUUAUUUGGGCGAGACAUUUUCCAGUUAUAUUUGUUUGCAUAAUUGUACAACGUAUCCGGUGCAAGGUGUUACCGUAUCGGCCGAAUUGCAAUCGGACAAGGCAAAAAUAUCAUUGCCCAUCAACGAAAAUAAACCGAUGAACAUAACAUUGAAUCCAAAUGAAACGAUCGAUGAUGUAAUUCACCAUGAAGUACGUGAAAUUGGUGUUCAUAUUUUGGUUUGUGAAGUUCAUUAUAAAACGCCAGCCGGUUUGGAUGAGAGUUUUCGUAAAUUUUUUAAAUUUCAUGUAUUAAAACCAUUAGAUGUUCAAACAAAAUUUUACAAUGCCGAAACGGAUGAGGUUUAUUUAGAGGUACAAAUUCAAAAUAUUACCGCCGGACCGAUUUGCUUAGAAACCGUUGAAUUGCAGAACACCGAUAAAUACACUGUCACAUCAUUAAAUACAUUAUCGAAUGGUGAAUCGGUGUUUAAAUCAAAAAAUAUGCUACAACCGCAAAAUUCAUGUCAAUUUUUAUACUGUAUUAAACCAAUAGCGGAGCUGGCCGGCAAUUUAAAGCAACUAAAAUUGGAGAAAAAUAUUGGAAAAUUGGAUAUUUUAUGGCGAUCGAAUUUGGGAGAACGUGGCCGAUUACAAACUAGUCAAUUGGAACGAAGCCCCAUCGAAUAUGGUGACAUACGAUUGACGGUAAUUGAAGCAAAGAACAUUGUUAAAAUUGGCGAAGUAUUUGAUUUUAUGUGCCGUGUCACAAAUACCAGCGAACGUGUCAUGGAAUUGCAAUUAAAAUUGCAUGCCAAACCGGACUUUGGAUGUCAAUAUACGGGCUCAACGGAUUUUUUACUCGGUACCAUUGAACCGGAAGCAAGCAAAGAAUUUCGCCUAAGCGUAUUUCCAGCCAAACUUGGCCUCAUAUCUGUGACACAACUUCAAAUCACCGACACAUUCCUAAAGCGUACCUAUGAAUUUGAGGACAUUGUCCAAGUGUUAGUCGUUGACAAAGAUUUUCGUGAUGAUGAAGAAUUCGAAAUGGAUAAAUACGUACGAUAUGAUUCGGAUAAACCUCAAGCCGACUCUGCCACAUAGCGACCAGACCAAUAAUUGCAGACAUCAACAACGGUUAGAAUCCAAUCAAAUGUAAUUAAGAAAAUUGAGCAAAAUGAUAAAACAUGCAAAUUCAUUGUCCGAAUAUCAUCAUAUAUAGUAAUUAUAUAUAUUUAUGGAUGGUCGUGAUUUCAACACAUGGUUCUUAAAAA